AUUAGAGUUGGGGCAAACAAAGUAUCCCAUCUCGCCGGCUUUUUGGGGGAUGCCGCAGUAGACGUUGUCCGGAAUCCCCCGCGUCCAUUCACGCUGCAGAUGGAGAAAGCCGCUUACUCAGGACCAGGGCCAGAGAUCGGCCAAGAUGCCUUGGGACGCCACCAGCCAGGCGAGUUUCAGCAUGGGCGGAUCUCCUCCGCCUCUCACCCCCGCACGGACGUGGAAGCCCGUCCCGAGCGCCUCGCCGCCACUGUACAAGGUCCCUCGACGACAUCCGGAGCCAACGCCGGCGCGAAUCCGGAUCACUAUCCCGAGGGUGGAAGGAAGGCCUUGACUGUGCUCUUCGGGACGUGGUGCGUUCUUUUUUGCACCUUUGGCCUGGGUAACAGCAUCGGCGUCUUCCAGACGUACUACGUCAACGAGGCCCUUCGCGAGUACUCAUCGUCCACCAUUUCGUGGAUCAGCAGCUUCAUGCAAUGGACUCUGAACUUUAUGCCCAUCAUUUGGGGGUUCGCCUUUGAUAAAUGGGGUCCACGAUGGCUCUUGGUUGGCGGAACCAUCGCCUACGUCUUUGGCAUCAUGAUGUUAUCCCUAGGAUCCGAAUACUACCACUUCUUCCUCGCCCAGAGUAUCGCCUGCCCCAUUGGCGCCAGCGCUGUCACCAGUGCGAGUAUGUCGUGUCUCGUGACAUGGUUCCAUCGACGCCGUGCCACCGCGUUCGGCAUCAUGAUGUCCGGGUCCUCCUUUGGCGGUAUCAUCCUGCCCAUCAUGAUCCCUCGAAUGAUUGACAGCGUCGGAUUCCCGUGGGCGAUGCGCACCGUCGGCUUCCUGUUCCUUUUCCUUCUCACAAUCGCGUGCUGUACCGUGAGAUCCCGCCUGGAACCGCAGACGAAGCCCGUAGAUAUGAGGGAAUACUUCCGGGGGAUACGGGAGCCGAUCAUGAUGUCUACCGUUUUUGGGUUGUUCUUGGUCUUUUGGGGAUUGUUUCUCCCAUAUGCCUUUGUCAUUUUGCAGGCUGAGGCGCAGGGUAUGGACGAUGGCUUGGUCAUCUAUUUGCUGCCCAUCAUGCAUGCUGUAGGACUGAUCGGGCGCAUCAUACCAGGCCUCGUCGCCGACAGAAUCGGACGCUACAACAUCAUGAUCAUCCUCGCCACCCUCGCCGGGAUCGCUUGCCUGGCACUCUGGAUACCGAUCAAGAGCGACGCCGGCAUCCUAGUCUUCACAGCCGCCUUCGGCUUUCUCUCUUCGGGCCUGACGUCGAUCGGGCCGACGUUAAUCGCCCAGAUAUCAGAUAUUAGGGAAAUCGGCGCCAGGACCGGCACCGCCUUUGCGUUCCAAUCCUUUGGCGUCCUCACUGGGAGCCCUAUCGCGAGUGCCAUCGUCGACGCGCGGGGAGGGGACUACCUGGGUCUUCAGCUGUUCUGCGGGUUUUCGAUCCUAGCGUCGGCGGGUGUUUUUACGUCGGCGCGGUAUGUCCAGGCUGGUGGGUUCAAGCUCAAGAAAGUCUAA